AUGGUUGAUCUGACGGUUAAUCUCAAGCCUUCUAACAAACCAUUGGUUCAAGGAUGUCCGGGAGUUCCUAAAACAUACCCCACAAUCAUCGGUACUUUGGAGAUCAGAACCGCAAGUGGUAUUCCAGAGCCUGUGUCUACGGUUCAGAUAAGCUUCGUUACUGUCGACACGCUAAAGUCCAAAGUACGUGAUGUUCCGAGUUCUCUACGGAAGGUCAACUAUGAAAUGACAAUACACGUUAACGACCGUAUCAUUUCGAUGGACAUCCCGUUCAUCAUCGGUAUUAAGAAUGAGAUACCGCCAACUUCUGAAGGUGAACGUGGCGUCACAAGGAAUAAGCUGGAAGUUGCAGUUCAUUCUGGGAAAUCACUUCUGCAGUUUGAAUUCCCAGUGGUCAUCACUACUUAUGAUACGUUGCCUCUUUAUAGGCAGUUCAACGAACCAAUAUCAAAAGUCAUUGAUAGUAAAGAUACUCACGUUAUGAUUGAAUACUCCCUUCCUACAAGUGCGAUUGGUCCUGGCGAAGAGCUAGUUUUAAACUGUAAAACUGUUGUGAAUCCACGAUAUCCACAAUUGACAGACAAGGUGAAGCUGAAGAAAGUUGGUUUACAAAUCGUGGAAAUUUUUGACUGUCGCUGUGAUAAGGCAUUCAUAAAGGAAUCUAUUAUAUCACAAAUGGCAAAGGACUUCCAUGGACAAAACGUUGGCAUGCGUGGUAUCGCUGAGAGCUUGAAGAUUAGACUGCCAGAUGCGCAUGAUAGGUACAAGUUAUUCUUGAAACAACAGGACAAGAGAUUACUGCUAAAUGAUUCUGGGGUUCAAGGAUCACGGAACGAUCUCAAGCCUCUGAUUAUUGAACAUCAAGAUGACCCUAUACCAUAUACACACCAUCAACCAAUGACAAAACGAUCUGUGCUGUUCAGCACGUAUUAUGAACUCAGAGUCUGUUUCAAGUUUUCGAACGCUAAGGAUGUUAGCUUCGUUCUACCUAUCACAGUUGCACCAUUUGAUAGGAGUAAGAGCAUAUACUUGUUGAAAUGGAUCCUUAAAGAGAGUGAACUUGCAGAAAGUUUCCUAAAGAAGAUCGAAUCUGAAGUUGGAAAGAUCAACUACAAUAGUCGAUAUGAUUCCUUGGUUUAUCCACAGAGGAAACCAAUAAAGAUGGUGUCCAAAGAUGAUAAACAAAGGUUUGUAUAA